AUGUACGGCCCGCAGACAUCCCUGCAGCACUCACCACUGCACUCGGUUAGGAAACUCGCUGCGCACAGGGCCACCCCUAAAAAGCUCAGGCCAAACGGUGAUAUCACGUGUGUGUGCACGUGCAUGUGCAAGAAGAAGCCUUCGGUGGCCACGCGGCUGCGGGGGCUUUUGCAGAGGGCAUGCGCACGUGACGCAGACACGCAGUUGCAAUUGCAAGGGGAAUUGCAAGGACAAUCCCAAUCUUACUCCCAAUUACGUCAUACACAUGCAACAGUCCCAGCAGCGCUGGCGCUUAGCGAGUGUUCUUCGAUCUUUUCUGUGGACGAGUUACUGGCCGUGUCGGCCGAUGACGACACGGGCAGUCUCGGGGCCGAGCUCGGCUCCGAUCUCGAUUGUGAUUUACGUGCCGGGAUCGACGAGCUGGUCUCGUUGUCCAGCACGUGCUCACACACGCGCACGUGCUACGAAUUUUUCGACAAGGAAAAAGAAACGCAGCGGGAAAAGGAAACGCAGCGGGAAAAAGAAACGCAGGACGUGGAUCCAAGAGCACGUGCGCGUGCAUCUGGAAACAACCUCAAUUACAGUUACGGAUGUCCUUGUCCACUGGGUUUCGAUCCAGAUUUGGAUGAAAGAUUGAUUCAAUAUUUCGAUUCCACAUUGACUAAUUUCUUGGAAUUAGAAUAA